UAAGUCACAAUUCUGAACAGUUUUUGGCGUUUAUGGCUGGACUCGAAAUCUAACCUUCAAGUUUUCAACUAUUGUUUUCAUCUGGUGAACAACGUAGAUGAGUGUAUGUAUGUAUGUUGCCUUUAUGAAUGGGACUCUAGUGACUUCAAUAGAUAAACAAUACAAGGAAUAAGAAGGUAGUUUAAGCUCGUCAUCCCUCGUGCUUGUGUCAUUAGAAAAAACUAAGUUCGUCUCGGCAAACGAUUAUUUUUCGUAUUGUUCGGGAACAAUGUCGUUCGGCACGGGAUUUGGGACGUCCACGCCGGCGACACAGUCAAGUUUUAGUUUCGGAACAUCUACGGUGAGAGCAGCAACCCCAGUGAGACCAACUGGUUUCGGUUCAACUUCCUUCGGCUUCAGCACUCCAGCUACCUCAGCCCCAACACUUUUCGGCACACCAGCAACUCAAUCGACUGGUUUUGGCACAACUGGAUUUGGAUCUGCAGCAGUAACCGGAUUCGGUGCUGCAACGAGUAGCACCAAUACCUUCAGUACGUCAGGUUCAACUUUUGGUUUUGGAGCAGGCACAACAUUCGGUACAGCGCCAUCAUCCACAACAACAGGGUUCAGUACUUUGGGAGUACCCGUGACAACUAGUGCGAUAAGUUUUGCCGGAUUUGGAAAUUUUGGAGCAGGAACAACAACAACCACUCAAGCCCCAAGUCUCUUCAGUGGAUUCGGCUCAGCCAACGCAGCAGGAACAGGAUUCGGGAACACAGGAUUCGGUGGAUUUGGAACUAAAUCCGCGACAACAACUACAGCCACUGGGUUUGGAAGUUUCGGAGGACCUUUAGGAACUUCAACCUUUGGCAAUUUUGGUGGAACUUUAGCUCAACCUCAGAACCAACAGCAGCAGGCGUCCAAUGCAAUCUCUGAAGCUCUAUAUAAUGCAGUUUUCAAUUGUCAAUUAUUCAAUGAUGAGAGAGACAAUACCAUAGCCCGAUGGAACUUGAUUCAAGCUCUUUGGGGAACUGGCAAGGCCUAUUACUCAGCGAAUGCGGCACCCAUCGAACUCACUCAAGAGAAUCCUCUUUGCAGGUUCAAAGCUAUUGGCUACAGUUGCAUGCCAGUCGCCGAUAAUAAUGAUGGGUUUGUUGUUUUAUGUUUCAACAAAAAGGAGCAAGAGUUGAAGGAUGGAAAGCAACAAUUGAUUAAUUCCAUCAAUCAACUCCUAGGAAAUAAGCCCAAUUUAACUGUUACUGUUGAUACUGUCAAGUCUACAGGAGAGUUAAAGAGCCAAGCUGUGAUUUAUGUGUCGGAAAAAGGAGUUACUGGGUCUUCGAGAAAAAUUCCAGCCAGUGAGCUUGUCGCGUACUUAUCUCAGACCAUUCAAAAGCAACAACUUACGCAAAUUGGGGUGGACAAUAUUUUUUCUCAGGUGAAAUUGGAUCCCUCGCAACUUAAAGAAUACAUGGAGAAUCCACCCUGCUCUAUCGACCCGAGAUUAUGGAAACAGGCACAGUUGGAUAAUCCAAAUCCGGAGAUGUACAUUCCAGUACCCAUGAUUGGGUUGCAACAAGUCAAGUACAGGCUUAAUUGCCAAGAAAAAGAAACUGCCAGACACCGGGCAUUCUUGGACAUGGCCGCUGACAGGAUACAAGGACUACAGAGGCAGCAUACUGCUACACAGGCAAAACUCAAAGAACACAAGAGGACUCUUUUGGAGUUGCAGCAUCGGGUUCUUCAGAUAUUAGUUCGUCAAGAAAUUACGAGGAAAGUAGGGCUUUCUCUUCAACCCGAGGAAGAAAUACUAACGAAUCGAUUUGAAACCAUGCAUUCACAAAUAAGUGCACCCACACAAUUUAAAGGAAGAAUUAGUGAAAUGUUGUCUCAGUUAAGAAUGAGAAAACACGUGGAUAUGCAGAAUCAGGAAAGAUAUUCUAUGGACCCCAUUGCACAAGAUGAUAUAAAAGCGUACUUGGGCUUACAACAACAGGGAAUGGCUCAACUCAUCGACACAAUAAAUACAGACAUGGAAAGUUUGAAAGUAAUCAGAGAUGGAAUGGCAGAUUUAUUGACAAGCCAUACCAUUUCCUGAAGUAUUUUAUCUCUGACGUUAUUCCUUUUAUAUACUCUUUAUGGUAUAUUUUUUUAGGUGUUCAUGAAAAAAAUCUAUCUUGUAAAAUAAUCGAACGAAAAUCAAUGCAAUUCAGAAACAAGAUUCAUCAUAAUUGAUCUACAUAAUUGUACGGAAAUAUGUGAAACUACCUCAUAACAUGGUCAAAAUUUGUAUUUUUUCCUUUUUCAUUACAGAAAAAUCAACAGAU